AUGUCAAUAUCGCAAGCCGCUGGCCAGAACGAGGCGAAGAUUUCGAGUCCCAAAAAGUCGUCAUUCAUCCAAGGAGAUCAGAGUUCCACCCUCUAUUCAGCAGUGCUUGCGAAUCUGAUAGACGACCAAGCAGCCAAGAAUGGUAGCCAUGUCGCGGCAGUGUUUUCGUGGCAGAAUCAUUCCAUCACAUAUGAACAACUAGCAGACCGAAGCCGCCUACUUGCGAAAUCAAUGCUGGAGGCUGGACUAAAGCAUGGGGAUACGGUCGGCAUCAUCGCUGGAAAUUGCUAUCAGUACAUUGAAGCAUUUUUGGGCGCGGCUAGAAUAGGGUGUCCCUUUGUCGUGUUCAAUAACACCUAUUCCGCAAAGGAAUUGACAGCUGCGCUGGCGGUGAGCUCUUGCAGACUCCUUUUUAUGGCGAAGAACAUCGGACACAAAAGCCUUUUACCGCAUAUUGACACCUUGCGGAGCCAUCCUGAGUCCGUACCAGAGCUAAGGCGCAUCAUACUCUUGUCGCAAUUGCGUGUUGAAGACUCGUUAGGAGCAGUCGAGGUCAUGGGGUAUUCGACUUUCGUUAACAACGGACAUUCUGUCUUUGUAAACAAUGCCACCUUGCGAAGAGCCGAGAAGAAAGUGAAGGACACGGAUGUGCUCAACUUGCAAUUCACUUCAGGAACAACAGGAGCCCCUAAAGCAGCAAUGCUCACAUAUCGAAAUUUGAUCAACAAUGGGAAACUAGUCGGUGAUCGACUAAAUUUGACGUCUAAAGACCGUCUCUGUUGCCCGCCACCUCUUUUCCACUGCUUUGGACUUGUCAUGGGCUUUCUCGCAGCUUUUACUCACUCAACCACAAUUGUAUUCCCAAGCGAUCAAUUUGAGCCGAAUCAAGUGCUUGAGUCUCUUGCGAGAGAGAGGUGCACUGCUCUUUAUGGCGUGCCGACUAUGUUCCUAGCGGAGAUUGAAGCAAACAGCAAGAAGAAAUAUAAAUUCAACAGCCUGCGCGUGGCACUGGCGGCUGGCUCUCCAGUCUCCCCUUCCUUGGUGGGCAGAGUCCGACAGGAACUGGGAGUUGAGAAGGUGUUGAUUGCUUAUGGCAUGACUGAAACCAGCCCUGUAACUUUUAUGACUUCGCUAGAUGAUUCCGAGGAGAUGCUGUUCAAAACAGUAGGAAAGAUAAUGCCACAUACGCUGGCCAAGAUAAUAAACGAGCAAGGGGAAAUUGUACCGCGGGGUGUCCGAGGAGAGCUCUGCACCGGUGGGUAUGCUCUCCAGAAAGGAUACUGGCGAAAUGAAGAGAAGACUGCAGAAGCGAUGACGACAGAUCAAAAGGGUGUGCGGUGGAUGCACACUGGCGAUGAGUGCUUAAUCAAUGACGAUGGGUAUUGUGUGAUCACAGGCAGGAUCAAGGAUCUGAUCAUCAGAGGUGGGGAGAAUAUCUCGCCGGUUCAGGUAGAAGAGCGCCUGCUAGAACACACGUCCAUCGCUGAAGCCAGUGUCGUGGGCCUCGCAGACGCCAAAUAUGGGGAAGUCGUCAGUUGCUUUCUUCGUCUGCGAGAAGGUGUCACCAGACCCACCUCAGAUGAAAUUGUUCAGUGGGUUCGCGCACGGCUUGGAAGCCACAAGACGCCAAAGCACAUCUUCUGGAUCGGGCAUCCUGAGGUUGGGAAUGAGUAUCCAAAGACAGGGAGUGGCAAGCAUCAAAAGCACAUCCUCCGAGCAAUCGGCAACCGCAUUGUCCGCCAACAAGAGUUGAAAGCUAGAUUAUAG